AUCUCCAAUUGUCUCAUGUUCACUUUACCUUUUUCCCAACAAAUGUAAACAUUCAAAAAAAAAACGUGUCAUAUUUUGCAUUUGUAUCUGAACAAAUUUAUAUCAACAAAAAAUCUACUAGUACCUGAACUGUCAUAUUCAAAUUACCACCAAAACACACGAAAAUUUGAAUUUUUUUCCAAACUAUGGACAAACAAAAGCACAGAGAGAGCCGCAGGAAAAAAGAAAAAUUAAAUUACAAUAACAAGAAAAAGGAGCGAAAUUCAAAAGCAUCAGAUUCGAAACCAUCUCCAGCUAAGCCGUACUUGCUAGCGAAUUUCGAGAGAACCGGAGUUUCGUCCGACGAGGAUGACUUUGAUGAUGACUUUUACUCAUUUGAUUACGUCACGAAAAGUACACUGACCCAGCCGAGCUCUAGCUUCGCAGAAGUGGUCGACCAGGACGACACUGAUGUCAAAUCCAGCAACGACUUUAAUUAUUUAGCCAACACUGCCUUGACCAGCGGGUACUUUCAAUUUAAGUCUGAGAAAAACUGGUCCGUGGACACUUCCAAGUUUAGCGACCUGCUGGCUUUUGACGUCAAAAAUUUAUCCAUUAUUUUUAAUUGUAUUCCUUUCAAUCAAACUAUCGAAGUCGAUGAUAAAUAUUUUACCAAAGAUCAAUUGACAUCAUUUAAUACAACCGCCGAGCAAGCGAAAAAAAUUUACGAGCAAGAAUUACAUGACAAAGAACGUCAGCAAAAAUUAUCUGAUGAAAAUCGACGUAAUUCUAAAGAAUCCUCACCAAAAGUAGACUCUAUUGAUGAUGAUACCGUUGAAGAUCUAGAUUUCUUACUAUCACUCAAAGAACCAGUGAAAACUUCAUCUGUCACCUCUCUGUUGGCUCCUAAGCAGACCAAUGAGCCAAAACCAAAUAGCGCGCCCAGUACCAAGUCGAUAGAUCUCGAAAAGUGGCUGGACUCGGUUCUGGAUAUUUAAAUUUUAAUUUUUUUUUACAAAUGAUUUAUUUGAUUAUUUAUUUUGAUGUACAAAGAUCACUCGAAGUAAAAAUAUGUUUAAUAA